CUGCGCCUCGGCGCUCUGCCGCUGGCUCCGGGACGCCGUGCCCCCCGCGGCCCUCCGGGGCGGCGCGGUCCUCGAGCUCGGGGCCGGGACGGGCGCCGUGGGCCUCUACGCCGCCGCCCUGGGGGCGGGCCGGGUGCUCCUCACCGACGGGGGCUCUCCAGCGCUGCACGCCGGGAGUGGGGACGGUCAGCCACGCGCAGGGCCCGUCGGACAACACAUCUUGUCUUCAUGUCG